AUGGUGAUGGCUGCCAGGACGAAAAAGGGUAUGACCGGCACAGUGGAUGGCGACGACGACGAUGGCAGGGACGACGGCAAGGACGGUGGCAGCGCGGGUGGCGAUGAUAUAGCUGCAUUUCAACCGGAAUUCGUGGAAGCGAUAACAAAUGUAUCUGUUGCCGUUGGACGGGAUGCGACAUUUACGUGCAAUGUCCGACAUUUGGGUGGAUACCGGGUCGGCUGGUUGAAGGCGGACACAAAAGCUAUUCAAGCGAUACACGAGCACGUUAUAACUCAUAAUCCACGCGUUGGUGUAACUCACUUGGACCAGAAUACCUGGAAUUUGCACAUUAAAGCCGUUUCCGAGGAAGAUCGUGGUGGUUAUAUGUGUCAACUGAAUACAGACCCGAUGAAGAGUCAGAUUGGAUACCUGGACGUGGUCAUUCCACCAGAUUUUGUUGCGGAAGAUACUUCAUCAGAUGUUAUUGUUCCGGAAGGUAGUUCCGUUAAAUUGACCUGUCGAGCACAAGGAUAUCCCGAACCAAUAGUGACAUGGCGUCGAGAAGAUGGCAACGAAAUAAUUCUAAAAGAUAAUAUGGGCACAAAAACUCAAGUUGCAUCAUUUCGAGGCGAAGUGUUAAAACUGACAAAAAUCUCACGUAGCGAAAUGGGAUCGUAUCUCUGCAUUGCAUCAAAUGGAGUACCACCAUCGGUUUCAAAAAGAAUCUCCCUCAGCAUACACUUUCAUCCUGUCAUCCAAGUACCAAAUCAAUUAGUUGGGGCACCGCUUGGCACUGAUGUUCAGAUCGAAUGUCACGUAGAGGCCUCACCAAAAUCAAUUAACUACUGGAUUAAGGAUACUGGUGAGAUGAUUGUAUCUUCAACCAAAUAUCAUGUGCAAGAGCAUUCCAAAUCGAUGUACGAAACCAAAAUGACUAUGAUUGUGCGAAAAUUCCAGAAAGAAGAUGUCGGCUCCUACCGUUGCAUAGCCAAAAACUCUCUGGGUGAAGUUGACAGCAGUAUACGACUCUAUGAAAUCCCAGGACCAAGUCGUAAAAAUCCUUCCAACAAACACGGCAUCGAAACAAAUGACAUCCUUAAACCGAAACAGGUAAAGGUGACAUAUCAGACUGCCGAUGGCGGUUUGGAUCUGGACGGGGAUGGUGAGGAUGACGAAGACGACGAGGACCUCUAUGGAUCGGCGGAGGAUUUCGAAGAUGGUGAUAUACCUCCCAAUGUGUAUUUACACGGUAAGCCCACACAUAAGCCCUCAUCUGGGGACAGCACGCGACAUCAUCAUGGUGGUGGCACUGGUGGCGGCGGUGGUGGUGGUAACAAUAAUGGUGGCAUUGGGGGCGGGCUAAUGGACUUCGCCGGAGGAGCUGGAUCGAGUGGAGCCAACUCCAUUGGAACACCGACAAGAAAACCAACAUUUUAUGGCCUGCCCGAGGUGAGGGGCGCCAUGGACAAUAACGAGUUGACAUCAAGGAGCUCAUCGCGACUAAGGCUUUCUGCGUUGCUUACAAUGCUGGCGACGAUGGUUCCUAGUUUAAUAGCGGGAUUUUUGAAUUUAUAA